AUGAGUUCAGUGCCAGGUAUCGUAAAUAGGUCCGAAGAGCAGCGGAAACGUCCCACUUUACAGAAUAUUGCAACCAAAGAGAAACCAAAAGAAAUACACACUCGGAAAUCCGAUGUACUAGAAAUAGCUGUAACAGCGAUGUCUAAGGCCAAUAGAUUAUAUCAGGACGCUAAGUUGCAGCUAGAGCAGUCUGGAAACUUAAAGACUUCCAUAAAAGAGACGGUGGUAAAUAACCUUUCUGAACUCUUUGGAAUCGUAUUACAGUUAAACGAAGAAAGGCAGACUCUACUCCUACAAUUGGAGAAAGCUCGUAUACAACUUAAAGACGAUUUACUUAGGCAAGAAAAACAGUAUGUAGAGAGCCUUAGAGCACUAAUGGAUCAGGGUAGUAUAAGAGAUAUUCAGUCUGCUCUCACCGAAACAGUGAGUGAUAUGAGAACCCUAACGGACUCAUUGAAGCACACGAUGGGCAAUGACACCUUAUUGGAUAAACAUACUUUUAUGGGCAAAUCGGAGGAUACCAGAAGGGAACUGAUGGAAAUAAAAGAAGAAUUAUCAUCCCUAAAAGACCAAAUGGGUGGACUUCGAGAGUCUUUGGUUAUAAGCGAAACAAAUGAACCCACAUAUGCCAGCAUAGCUGGUCGACCUAAGGCCAAAAUAAACAAACCAGCUACCGAUAAAGCCAAUGGGAAUGGAUACGAAAUAGAAGAGAAGCUGACAAAUAUUUCAUCUCAAGCUUAUGAAGCUAUACAACAUAUUAAAGACCUUCAUUCAGAAUUUGAGCGAAUAAUGAACAGAGAGCAGACCCACGUCACUCAGCCACAAGUCCUGGAAUAUAAAAAUAGCUUUUUAGAGUCACAGUUGAACUCAAUUUCAAUUCUUGUCACAGAAACAAAGCAUUUAAUCAAAGAAUUACAGAGCAGACCUAAUGUCAUAAAACAAACUGAAGAGGUACAAAGUGAACAAACAAAAAUAAUAACCGACACACUAACUCAACAAAUCAAUAAAAUGAUUAUUGAACUGAACGACAUAAAAGAACUGGAACUGAGUCAAAUAGCUUGCCAAGGAAAUCCUGGUAUCGGUGCCGAGCUCAUUAUGGUAGAAAUAAGGGAAAAGUUAAGCGAAAUCCUGAAUCAAUGCUGCGGGACAGCAACAUCGACAAACACACCCGCCACCAACAUUGCUGAGGGUAUUAUAAGCAAAAAAACUGACCGAAAGGCAGAUAUAAUAAAAGAGUCUACACCACCUGGGGCUCCCACGCGCUCUUAUGCAGAGGUGUUGGCGAGGCCUCACUUUGCUCUAAUCGUAGAAUCCGCUGACCCCAGACACACUAGUGAUGACGUGGCAAAAACAGUCAAGAGCCAUGUUGAUGUUGUGGAGCUUGGAUUAGGAGUGAACAACGUUAGAAAAAUCAAAAAUCAAAAAAUUAUUAUAUCUUGUGAUAGCGAGGAUGACAGAAGCAAACUGCAGGAGGCAAUAAAGAACUCGGACCAAAAAUUAACCGCUGCGAAAACAGUAUCUAAACAGCCUUUGCUUAAAUUAGUCGGAGUAAUAAACGAUCUGGACAAUAGUAAAAUUGCAGAUGCGUGUAACCUUGGUAGGGGUCUCGUAGCUACACAGGAGUGCUUACAAAACGCUACAAGAAAUAAAACAUCUAUUGCACUUCUCCAAGAACCGUAUGUAGGUGCAUCGGGUAAUGUGAAUAUAUCAUACAAAACAAUUCAGAAAAUAGAUAAUCGAUCUAAGCCUGUAAAGUCUGCUGUUGUUGUCAUUGACCCCAAUAUAUUAAUAAUCGAAGAUAGUAAAUUUAUCACAGAAAAUACAGUAGGUGUUAUUAUUGUAAAUAAAAAUAAUAAUAUAGGAUUGAUCUCGAUAUACUGGGAAGACUAUGAAAACAUCGAAAAUUACAUACAGCAAUUGAAUACUAUUAUUAAAAAUAUGAAUACACCUUUUAUCAUUAUUGGAGGCGACUGCAACUGUAAUAGUCAAUGGUGGGGAUGUGACAAUGAGGAUGCCAGAGGAAUAUUGCUCUCGGAGUUCCUUGCUGAAGCAAGUUUGGAAAUUAUUAAUGAAGGCCGUACUCCUACAUUCUAUACCAUAAGACAGGGAGCAGAAUGCAAGAGCAUAGUAGAUAUAACAGUUUGCUCUGUACCUACUAUGACUAAGAUACUGAACUGGACAGUCAACCCAAACAUAGUCACCACCUCAGAUCAUAGAGCAAUAACUUUUGACAUAUGCAUAGGUCCUGAAGAAACAAGGAAGGGGAUUAGAAAAUCUACCAGGAUUUACAAUUCCACUAAGGCCGACUGGAAUAGAUUUAAUAAAGAACUUAUAACAAAUUUGGAAAAUGAAGGAUUAAAUACGAAAGAAGUGACACACAUACAGACUGGAAAAUAUCUCGAAGACGCUAUAUUAAAAUUAAAUAAAUGCAUAACUAAAGCCUGUGAUAAAUCUAUGCCCAAACUAACAAAUACCAAAUUCAUCAAGAAGAUCAAAUGGUGGAACAACGAACUAGACCUAAAGAAGAAGAAAGUUAUAAGGCUAAGACGCAAAAUACGACAUGCCAACGAGAACAGAAAACCUUAUAUUAUAGAUGAUUACUUAAGAGCGUUAUCUGAUUACAAAGAAACCAUAUUAAGGACGAAAACAAAUAGUUGGAAAGAAUACUGCACAGGACAAUCACGAGAGACUAUGUGGGACAAAUUCUAUAGAAUAUCCAAGCUCACCGAUUUUCAUCUUAAUGAAGAGAUGCUAAAAGAUUCAGACGGAAAUAUAUUAGACCCAUUUCAAUCCGCAGAUCUUUUGGCUAACACAUUUUAUCCAGCUGAUAAUAUUGACAACGACACAGAAUACCAUACAAGAAUACGAGAGGACACAAACACAAUAGAAAGUCAAAUAAAAAUGAUAAAACAGUCUACAGAAUUCACACCCUUCACAACCUAUGAAAUUAGUACGCUAGUGGGGGGAGCGAGCGUACCUGAAUUAAGAGCUCACACGACUUCGGAAUUCCCCACGCAGACGCCGGCACAACCUGGUGACCAGGUAUUGCCAGCCUUCAUUUCGGCAGAAACUUCAACUCCAGAAGCAGCUAGCCCAUUGCCUAAUCUUGAUGAGGCCGUUACGUCUUCUCCUGUGCUUAAUAGACCAGAAUCAAGUCUGCUUCGCAUCAAAACGCAGAUACGCCAGGCAAAAUCAGUAGAAGUCCAAGAGGCUGCAAGAAGAUUGUCUGAGGCGGAAGAUCCUCUUGACUCCGACUGUGAUAGUAAAGAAACCAAUACUUCUCUAGACGCUUCGACACGCUCUAUCAGUGGCAGCAGAAUGUUCUUGAAUGAACUACCGAGACAUGCAAACGAGAUACUACAGCGCACAAAAUCAGAGCUGGAAAAGUCUGGAAAUCUCAAGAGAGAGAUACGGGAAAGCGUAACUUCAGGCCUGUAUACUCUUUAUGAGAUGGUACUUAAACUUUCAGACUCAAGGAUGCUGCAUAUGCUCGAAGCUAAUAAGCAGAAACUUAAUGUCUCACGAGAGUCAGAGAGGCUAACCCAGAGACAUGCUAGGUUCAUGCAUGAGACUCUGGGUCAAUAUGCUUUACUAAAGGAUCUCAUAGAAAAACUACAAAAAGAAACGGAAUCAAUGAGAAUGAUUCUGUCGUACGACUUAUGUACUGCGGUAACAGAAACUAAACGCGAGGUUACUACGGUUAAACAGGAUAUAUCAAUGUCUAGCUCCAUUACCAACCAGCUAAAGAUAGUGUUGGAAGAACUAAGAACUUUCCGUGAAAGUCUAGAACCUCGGCGCUACUCCACGACAAAAGAACCCGCCAUCCCUCUUCAUUUCGUUGAAGAAUUACAUGAAAUACGCAGUACAUUACGUGAGAUAAAAUCCCUCAGGGAUGAACAAUGUAAUCAGAAGGUUCGGGAAUCAACGGAACAAGAAAUGGAUCUUGAGGCCUGUGUUCGAGGUGUCUCUCAGGAGCUGCGACAAUAUGUCUUAGAAAUGAAAUCGCAGCUUCAGGAAGACAUAAUUGACCUUCGAAAUCAAGUAUCUAAAAUCACUGAGAAUUCAACAAAUACUAAUAGGAACCCUGUAGACUCCCUAAUUACUUCGGUACAAGCCAGCAUAGAGGAACUCCGAAGAGAAACUAGGGAGCUGCAAGACACAACUGUGGAAUCAGCCGCUCCCAUCCGAAUGGCUAUAGAGGGACUACGCAACGAAGUAAGAUGGCAACCAGCCAAAGAGAAUCCCCUUAAUGAUGAGGAUGAGCAAAUUCAUCACUCACCAAGAAAAUACAGAAGCGUCCAGGCUUACAAAAAAAUGCAUGAUCACGCUAACAAGUCCUCUCGCUCUUACUCAGAG